AUGCGCGUAGCGUAUGGAUCAGCCCGAGGUGACUUGCGCUGGCGUGGUCAACUCCCGGAAGUAGACGGUGGCAAGUACACUUGGGUCGGCGUCGAGUGGGACCCCGGCCCCGACGCUGACAAGCACGGGCGCCACGACGGUACCUUUCGAGGCAAGCGCUACUUCUCGUGCGAGCGAACACCGGCACGUGCGAGCUUCGUGCGCGCAGACCAGGUACACUUUCCACAGUCUCUGGGUUACCUUCUUGACGCGUACCAAAAACCAGGGACGCAGACGCAACCGGGCGAUGUGUCAGGAUCGACGGAGCAACCGGCUGCUGGCGUAGCUCCGCUAGUCUCCGCUUGUCUGGCACGAUCAUGUGUCGUCUGGAACCCAGCUGAAUCGGCGUUGGUUGCUGAACGUCACGGGAAAAGUGUUCGGUACUUGGACAUAUCUUUUGGACUUAUCGAGUACUACGAAGACGUCGCAGAAAUCCUGCAGACUUUUCCGAGACUUGAAGAGCUGGACAUUUCGGGAAAUCGAUUGCGACCCCGCAACUCAACUACGAUUUCGCCAAAUCAUGCGCUCAGCUCUAUUGCGUGGGUGUCUCAGUCACUGCGGAUUCUACGCUGGAACUGCGCAGGUGUCGAGACUUCGAUCGCGGCGCUCGCUCAACUCGUCCUUGGUUGCACGGUGCUCGAGGAGUUGCGCCUCCAUGGGAAUCAUAUUCGACUUGAAGUACGCAGUACGAACACGACCAUACUGCCUCGAUCACUUACGCGCCUCUACUUGGGAGCGAAUCAUUUGGAAUGUGUUGCUUGUCUGCCGUCGCCUGAGCUCGAAUUACUAGACUUGAGCGAGAACCCUGCACUGGAUCGCUUGGGAGCGCCAGCCUCUUCCACAGAGUGCUUUGCGCCACGGCUCUCUUCGCUGAACUUGACGGAUACCUCAUUCGUUUGCCUCGAGUUUCUAGCGGAUCCCAAUCACUUUCCGCAACUACGUAACUUGCGUCUCCGCCAUCUUCCACGGGAUCACAUUAUAGCCCGAAUGCCGUAUCUAGAAAAACUGAAUGGUUCAGAGAUCACUGCUGCUGAGCGGCGGGAAGCAGAGCUGCGAUUUCUCGCCGACUGGUCAACUGCUGCACAGGACGCGUUUGCAUCGUCGCCUCUCAAGCGCCGUGUGGAAGCGCUUUGUCGCCAGUACGGUGUGAAAGCAGAGGCGCCUCUUCCACUGCCGUCGCCUCUGCCACACAUGGAACGGGGAUACGUUCCAGUGGUACUCGGGCAGCUGCGCAUGGACGCGCCAGUGCCGACGCGGAUUCCUCUUGCAUCCCUCUCGCAAUGCCAGCAGCAGCAGCAGCAGCAGCAGCUACUGCUGCAAGUACCAGCGUCCACACCUUGGUGGCUAGCGGAACGCAUCGCCUUCACACAGUUGUCCGGGAUCCGGAAUCAGCUGGUAUCGCCUCCGUCCGAUGAUCGUCAUCAUGUCGUCGUGCAUCUAGCGUAUGCAACCGCACAUGAGCUUGCUUUGCAACCUCAACCCGAUUGGCUGACAACGCUAGAAGAGCUUGAUUCAGCUGGAAAGAGCCCAGUUUAUGUGCUGGUCCACAUCGAAAGGAACAAGUCACAUGUCAAAUGCUGCGACUCGAAGAGCGCUGCAUCCGCGGCUGACGGUCUAGACGCGAACGCACCAGCCACUGAGACGCCAAGCCAAUCAGUGCCGCUUGAAUCGUAA